UCGGAUGCGUCGGAAUGGUCAACCGAGUGGCAGGACGUUGCUGAUUUAUGGAAGCCUAAUGAUGACAAAGAUAAAUGGAGAGCAUUCGAGCCUGCUAAAGAUUCGAGCACCAUACGAUGGUGGGAAGGAACACUGGAUGACGAUUUGUGGAGCCAAAAAUCUCCAGAAAGUCUAACAGGGAAGUAUGAAGACGUGUCAUCAACAUCCUUGCCAUCAACAGAUUCAACUAAACCAUUUUCACAAAACGAGCAGACAGCCUCCAAUACAUCUCAGACUGCCCCACCCGCAGUUUCAUCCAGCACGGUUAUUGCAGACUCAGAUUCCGGCCAGCCAACAUUUAAGAAAGGAGAGGUGAAUACGUUUGCAGAACCUGACCCUGGAAACUAUUAUAGGUCUAGUGGAGAGAGCUAUGGGGGAAAGAUUUGGGAUUCCGCCUACUCUGAUUUCAGUAGUCAGAGAAAUGUCCAACAAGACAUGAAAAAUCAUAAUCACCGUUUUAAAGAUACAAAUGCUAUAUACGGCAAAGGGGCGAGACUUCCCGUACCACAUGCUGGUUCUGUCAAUUCUGCAGUCGUUGAGAGUAUGCCCAAGUCAACAACCAGAAAGCAAGAAGAAGCAACAACAAAGAAAUCAAACAGUCAAUUUAAGGACUGGGAUGACUGGGACAACUCAGCUUUUGAUUAUUACGAUGAUAAAAAUGAAGAAAAUAAAGACAACAAGAAAGACACUAGAUUAGCAACAUCGAAGGAUUUCACAGUAGUGACAGUGUUGUAA